CCUACUAGAAACAAAAAGCGAAAUCCAAGCAAAGCAAAGCGCCACCUCCGCACCCACUCUCUCCUUCCUUCUCCCACCUCCCUCCCUCUCGCGUCGCCGCCACGGCAACCGCCGCCGCCGGCGUCCACCGCGGGAGCCAAGCGACGGCUGCCUCAACCGCUCAUGUCGUCUUCUCCCUCCGGAUGCCAAUGUCUCGCUAUGCCCGUGCCGGCCACCGCUCUGCCUUCCCCUUCCUCCUUGUGACACGAAGGCCGACGACGAGCCUUGUUCCUCUCCCCCUCAUCUUCUUCCUCCUCGCCGGCGCCCUCGGCGUGUGCUCGGCGUCGCGGCAGUUCUCGACGGUGGCCAUCUCCCACGCGCCCAACGCCACCCUCGUCUGCGCGCUCGUCACCGCCAACACUAACGGCGGCGAUGCGGCGGCCACGGGAGGGUCCAGCUCCAAGCUGCACUGCACCUCGCUCCCGGACGGCCAGCAGUUCGAGUACCCCUCCGCCGACAUCCCCUACAACGCCAUCGCCGCCGGCACCGACUUCCUCUGCGGCCUCAUGGCCCCCGCCGGCGGCCACGCCGCCAUGCGCUGGUGGUCCUUCUCCGAGGAGGCCACCUUCAACCGCUCCCGCCCCAUCGGCCGCCGCCUCUACUGGGGCCCCUCGCUCCGCUCCCUCAACGCCGGCGGCGCCCACGUCUGCGGCCUCUCCGACGACCACGACCCCACCUGCUGGGAGUGGAAGGACUUAACGCUCCCCAAGGGCCUCGACUUCUCACGCAUCGCGCUCGGCAAGGACUUCCUCUGCGGCAUCCCCAAACGCGACAACACCAGCAUGACCUGCUACGGCGGCAUGAAGGCGCCGUCGUUGGCGAUGCCGACGCCGGCGGCCUUCAGGACCGUCGCCGCCGGCCCCCGCCACGCGUGCGCCGUCGACGCGGAGGGCGGGUUUGCCUGCUGGGGCGAUGGCGUUCCCGUGGUGCCGCCCGCCGAGCUGCCGGCGAGCAUGUCAGCUAUAGCGCUCGGCAACGACACCACCUGCAUCCUCGACGGCCGCGGGAUCGCGCGGUGCUGGGGCGGCGCGCCGGUGCCGGCGCAGUACCGGAGCACGGAGUUCGUGGCGAUCGAGGCCGACGGCGACGCCGUCUGCGGCAUCACCAAGUACAACUACUCCGUCCUGUGUUGGGGGAAGAGCGACCGCUUCGGCGGCGGCCGGCUCGUCUACAACGCCACCAUGCCCGGCGCCUGCGCGCCCCAGCGGACCUGCACCUGCGGCAUCAUCCCGGGGACGGGGGCGCUCUGCGGCAACGGUGGCGGCGAGGGCGCCGCCGAGCUCGCCGUCUGCCAGCCGUGCCCGCUAAAGCUCAACGCGUCGAGGAUCGUGAUCGCCAACGGGAUGAGCAAGCCGGCGGCGGCGCCGGGGGACGACGAUGAAGCAAGGAAGAAGAAGACACUGGCGGUCGCGCUCGGCGUGGCCGGCGCCGGCGCCGCGGUGCUCGCAGUGGCCGGAGCGGCGUUCUACCUCGUGGCGCUCAGGAAGAGGGAGAGGAAGAAGACGCUGCGGCUCGGGGAGUCGUCGUCGCGGCGGCUGUGCCGUGACGUGGAGGCGAUGGUGAUGCCGGCGCCGCAGGUGUCGCCGCUGCGGCCGGCGCGGCCGCUGGGGUGCGAGGAGUUCACGCUCCGGGACCUGUCGCGCCUCACCGGCGGCUUCGCGGAGGAGAAGAAGAUAGGGAGCGGCAGCUUCGGGUCGGUGUACCGCGCCAAGCUCCCCGACGGGCGCGAGGUCGCCAUCAAGCGCGCCGAGCGUGGCGCCGGCGGCACCGGGCGGCGGCGGCGGCGGUUCGACGCGGAGCGCGCGUUCCGAGCGGAGCUCCGGCUGCUGUCGCGCGUAAACCACCGGAACCUGGUGCAGCUGCUGGGCUUCUGCGAGGAGCGCGGCGAGCGCAUCCUGGUAUUCGAGUUCAUGCCCCACGGCGCGCUCCACGACCACCUCCACGGCGGCGCCACCGACGGAUCGCCGCUGUUCGCAUCGUGGGAGGCGCGGCUCCGGGUGGCGCUGGACGCGGCGCGCGGCGUGGAGUACCUGCAUUGCUACGCCGUGCCGCCCAUCAUCCACCGCGAUGUGAAGCCGUCCAACAUCCUCCUCGACGGCGACUGGACGGCCAAGGUCUCCGACUUCGGCCUCUCCCUCGCCAGCGGCGGCGCGGCGGCGGCCGCCGUCGCCUCGUCCUCCACCACCGCCGGCACCGUCGGGUACAUCGACCCGGAGUACUACCGGCUGCAGGAGCUCACCGAGCGGAGCGACGUGUACAGCUUCGGCGUCGUGCUGCUUGAGCUCGUCACCGGCCGGAAGGCCAUCCACCGGACCAGCCAGGACGGCAGCGGGUCCCCCCGGAACGUGAUCGAGUUCGCCGUGCCGGCGGUGGAGACGGGGAGCAUCGCCAGGAUCCUCGACGACCGCGUGCCCCCGCCGCGCGGCCACGAGGUGGAGGCGGUGGCGCGGGUGGCCAAGAUCGCCUCGGAGUGCGUGCGGCCGCGCGGGCGGGCACGGCCGGUCAUGUCGGAGGUCGUCGCGGAGCUCGAGUGGGCCGUCACGCUCUGCGAGGAGUCCGUCGUCGCCGCCGCCGGCGGCGCCGCUGGUUCCCGGCACGGCGGCUCCGACCUGUCGCGGUCGCGGUCGCGCUCCGAGUCCGAUGAUCCGAGCCCGUUCCACACGCGCGAACUCGGCUCCGGGUUCGGCUUCAGCCACGGCCCGAGCCGACCGGGCAGCCAUGGCAGGUCUCACUCGACAAUGUAAAAUCUUUUUUUUGUUUUUUUAUAAAUAUUGAUAUAGGAGGUUGAAUUAGUUGCUGUCCAUAAACAUUUUUAAAAGGGAAAACAGAGAGAAAAAUUCAUCGACGGACCGACCGAUCAUCGAUUUGAUGUGUCUCAUAUAUGUUAAUUGUUUAUAAUUUAAAGUUUUGAUUUGUAAAACAAAAGGAGGGAGAAAAAUCUGAGUGAGCGUUUGACAAAAUCUGACAUGUAGAGUAGAGAAGAAGAUAGGAGUAGUGGGUGAGUUGUAAGUAGAUGAUGGAGCUAAUCUUUUUUGUUUUCUUGGGGUUGGUAGAGAGGUUAGAGAAGAAAAUGUGUAUAGCUGUUGCAGCAACUGUACUUAAUCCAACCAACUGAUGAUGUUAUACAAACAUGCUAUAUACAUGGAGAUUGAUUGGUUGCAAUCAUCAGUCUCACAAUCAUUUGUUU